AUGCCCACCGUACUCGUCGUAGGUGCUACCAGAGGACUCGGCCUCGAGCUUGCAAAACAAUAUACCGAUCGAGAUGACACUGUCUACGGCACAGCACGUUCAAGCAAACCACAAGAUGCUCCUGCGAAGAUCAACUGGAUUGAUGGUAUUGAUGUGGCCGAAGAGACAGCAGGUGCAAAGCUCGCAAAGUCUCUAGUUGGCCAAAAGCUCGACGUCAUAAUACUGGCAGCUGGUUACUUUGGCUUCGAGACCUUCGACAAGCUCGACUUUGAGAAGGAAUUGCUCAUGUACAAGACCAGUGCCAUUGGUCCUGUUUUCAUUGUUCAGAAUCUACACAAAGCUGGCCUACUAUCCAAGGGCUCGAAGAUCAUCAUCAUCAGUUCAGAGUCGGGAAGCAUUGCCUUGAGACAUGAAAGCGAGGGAGGUGGUAACUACGGUCAUCACGCCAGCAAAGCCGCUUCCAACAUGGUUGGCAAGCUACUGAGUCUGGACCUCAAAGAGCAUGGCGUUGCCGUGGGGAUUGUACAUCCUGCCUUUAUGAGGACCGAGAUGACCAAAGGUGUUGGCUUUGAUAAAUACUGGGAUGCUGGUGGAGCGGUGACACCUGAUGUUUCUGCCAAAUCGGUCAUUGAGUUCGUCGAUACUUUCGACAUUUCCAAGACAGGACAGUACUGGGCACCCCGAGGUCCUGGAGACAUUGGAACGGCAGAAGACGUCCUGGGUCCUAAAGAUCAGCUGCCGACGCCACUUCAGCUCCCCUGGUAA